UGUGUGUAAUAAACACGAGCUCGGAGAAAAAUCAAGAAACACAACAACUAUCUUGAGCAGUUUCACUUCAUGUGCACAACCCGCUGUUUAUUCUGUACCCCUGGAGCAGGCAGUGCCGUCAUGUGUUACUUAGCCAGGGCACAGCUGGAUGUCAUCCGCCCGUGCGAUCGGUCUCUGCAGCUUUGUGGAAAGUUGCUGUCUUGAUGACAGUUUUUCGGACUGUGUGACACAUUUGAUGUUUAGUAAAGUUGCCAUGGUGUUGCGCAAACAUGUGUGCAAAUAGUACAGGCCCGGGCUUUCGGCGACUGGAGGCAAAGCCCUUUUUUCCCCCUUUUUUUUUGACGCAAGCACAUCUUGAGGUGCGGCUAUGACGCGCCGGGAGCGCAACGGCCUCUGAUUUGUCGAGAAGGGGAUCGAUCACCCUCCGUUUACAAGAACAGAGUGUUUGCAGGGGAUCACGCCCAUCGGGGGGAGGGGGGGGGCAGCUCCGCCCUCCUCCCGGCCGGCCUCUCUCCCCUCCUCCUGGCCUGUUAUAAAAACAAGAGCCAAAAGCAAGAUAGUCAUAUUUUGGCUUUGGGCUGUUGACGAGCGCGGAGUUGCUGUUCAACUCAUCGCAUCAUGACGGUCAAAACAGAAACAGAGAAGCCUGUCCUGACUUACUCGAAGUCUAGAGGGCUGGUGGCUUUAGUCACUGCUUUUAUGAAACAGAAGAGGAUGGGUCUGAACGACUUAAUUCAGAAGUUUGCCACAAACUCCUACGCCUGCAAGCAUCCCGAGGUUCAGUCUAUUCUGAACUUAAGUCCUCCUCAGGAUCCUGAGCUCAUGAACACAAGCCCCUCUCCUCCUCCCAGUCCAUCCCAACAGAUCAACCUCGGUCCAUCCUCCAACCCUUCAGCCAAACCCAGCGACUUUCACUUCCUCAAGGUGAUCGGCAAGGGCAGCUUCGGCAAGGUCCUGCUGGCACGCCACCGCACCGAUGACCAGUUCUACGCAGUCAAAGUCUUACAGAAAAAGGCCAUUCUCAAGAAGAAGGAGGAGAAACACAUCAUGUCAGAGAGGAAUGUGCUGCUAAAGAACGUCAAGCACCCGUUCUUGGUGGGCCUGCACUACUCUUUCCAAACGGCGGACAAACUCUACUUCAUCUUGGACUACAUCAAUGGAGGAGAGUUGUUCUACCACCUACAGAGAGAGCGCUGCUUCCUUGAGCCCAGAGCCAGGUUCUACGCUGCAGAGAUCGCCAGCGCCCUGGGCUACCUCCACUCCCUCAACAUUGUCUACAGAGACCUUAAGCCAGAGAACAUCCUGCUGGACUCCCAGGGGCAUAUCAUUCUCACAGAUUUCGGCCUGUGCAAGGAGAACAUUGAACCCAACGGGACCACGUCGACCUUCUGCGGUACACCAGAGUAUUUAGCUCCUGAGGUUCUACACAAGCAGCCGUAUGACAGGACGGUAGACUGGUGGUGUUUAGGAGCUGUUCUCUAUGAGAUGCUCUAUGGCCUGCCUCCAUUCUACAGCCGUAACACGGCGGAGAUGUACGACAACAUCUUGAACAAGCCACUGCAGCUGAAACCCAACAUUUCCAACGCAGCCAGACACUUGCUGGAGGGCCUGCUGCAGAAGGACCGGACCAAGAGGCUGGGCUGCACAGAAGACUUUAUUGAAAUUAAGAACCACGUAUUCUUCUCUCCCAUCAACUGGGAUGACCUAAAUGGCAAGAAGAUCACCCCUCCCUUCAACCCCAACGUGACAGGACCCAAUGACCUGCGGCACUUUGAUCCAGAGUUCACAGAUGAGCCGGUGCCCAGCUCCAUCGGCUGUUCCCCAGACAGUGCACUUGUCACAGCCAGCAUCAAAGAGGCUGCCGAGGCAUUCGUGGGCUUCUCCUAUGCUCCUUCUAUGGACUCUUAUCUAUAGGAUUUAAACAGUCACUCAACGGACACCAGUUUAGACUUACAGGACAUGAACUGUGGUGUAUCCAUGGAUCUGCAUCUUGACCCCAACCUACAUUUCCCAUCAGGAUGAUGGAUAUUUCCAAACCAAUCCCUGCAUCUACAAAAAUGUACACAUGUACUUUCCAUAAUUUCUCCAACUCCUGAAUGCAUUUAAGAAGACUUGGUUCAAGAGGAUGCCUGCCAUUAAAAUGACUUAUUGGGGUUGUAAUCCUCCAUCUUACCAUGAUGAUGACCACGCACAAAUUCUUCAACCUUCCACAGCGGACACAAACCAACAUCCCUCUUCCGCCUUCGGUUGCCCAUCUUUGACCUGUGGAGUUCCUUUGCACAUAGCUCAGGCAGCUUAAAAGCCCCCCCCCCCGCGCCCCCAACCCUGAAG